GUUCGCCCGUCAGUGGGAGCGAGUAGUCUGGAGGAGCACCAGUGGCGCACAGUUCGGCGGUGUCGCGUAGUCCCAUACAGCUAGAGCUGCUCUCCAGGCAGUGGAGGUGAUGAUGGCGGCGGCUGUAGAGAGAGGAGGCGUCCGGGCCGCUUUCCUGAACCCGAGCGGUGGCGGACCAGCGCCUACAAUCCUCCCGAGCGGGGUGCUAACCGGGGCUGUGGUGCUGGGCUCGGGCUCCGGCUCCGGCAGCAUGCCCGUACCCAUGAACCUCUUUGCGACCUGGGAGAUAGACCGCUCGUCCCCCAGCUGCGUGCCGAGACUGUGUAGCCUCACUUUGAAAAAGCUGGUUGUCCUUAAAGAACUGGAUAAAGAACUGAACUCUCUGUCCAUAGCUGUCAAAAUACAGGGUUCGAAGCGUCUUCUGAGAUCGAAUGAAUACCUCCUCCCACCCAGUGGCCUGAUGGAGACAGAUUUGGAGCUCACAUUCUCACUGCAGUACCCCCAUUUUCUGAAGAGGGAUGCCAACAGACUCCAGAUUAUGCUACAAAGGAGGAAACGCUACAAGAAUCGAACCAUUCUGGGAUAUAAAACUUUGGCUGUUGGAGUUAUUAAUAUGGCCGAGGUGAUGCAACACCCAACAGACGGAGGACAGAUUCUAGGUCUCCAUAGCAACGUGAAGGAGGCGCCAGUGCGUGUGGCGGAGAUCACCGUGUACUCUCUGUCCAGUCAGCCCAUUGACCACGAGGAUGGUAGUGGUCAGGCUGGCCGCAAGACUAAAACCUCAGACCGGUCUCCAGACAUGGAUAACUAUUCUGAGGAGGAUGAUGACAGCUACUCAUCAGAACAGGAAGCAAGUGAUGACGCAGUUCAUGGUCAGGAUCUUUACGAUGAAGAUGAAGAGGUCAGGAAGCCAAAGAAGGCCCGGCGGAAAAUGAUCCGAACCACAUCUAUGACCAGGCAACCUAACUUCAAGCAGAAGUUUGUGGCUUUGCUGAAGAGGUUCAAGGUAACAGAUGAGGUCUUGGACUCUGACCCAGUGGACCAGACCCAAGAAGUGGAGGAGGAUCUGGAUUUACUCUACGACAGUUUAGAGGUUUACAACCAGAGUGACAGCGGUCCAGAGGUGGAGGACAAUGAGAGUGUCCUGAGCACACCUAAACCAAAACUUAAGCCAUUUUUUGAAGGGAUGUCACACUCCAGCUCUCAGACAGAGAUCGGAAGCAUACACAGCCAAAAGAGCCAGCACAGGGAGCUGUCAUGUCCUAGUGGAGAUUUUCUGACCGUAGAUAGAUGUAAAGUACAAGGGGCGCGCUAUCAAGAUGACACCAUCACAGACAUAACUGUCGGGGAGGCAGAGACUGAUGACAGUUUGCAAGGUCAGGGGGAUGUGUGCAACUGGGACGUGAAUGCCGAACGACUGCCCAGCACUGUUGGCAAACUUUGCAAGACUGAGUCCCAAAACCACAUGUCUCCCAGUAAAGGGGAGAACAGGCUGCAGCGGCGUCCUCGCAGCACCUCCAUGAAAGACAGACAGAACUCCAAAGCCCAGACGGAUAGAACCAGCAGCAUGGAGAGCGAAUGUUCUCCAGAGUCACGACUCAUUGCACAGGUUCCAAGAAAGUCUGUCUAUGACCAGCUGAACCAGAUCCUCAUCUCUGAUGAACGCUUACCGGAGAGCAUCAUCCUUAUCAACACCAUGGAAUGGCAGGGACAAUAUGUCGCAGAGUUGCUCCAUAACCAGGGCCAGCCCAUUGUGUCCACCUGCUCUACUGCUGAUGUUCAGGCUGCAUUCAACACCAUCGUCACUCGCAUCCAGAGAUUCUGUAAUUGUAACGCACAGACCCCACCAACAAUGAAGGUGGCAGUGGCAGGUGACCAGAGCUACCUCAGCACCGUCCUGAGGUUUUUUGUUGAACAGUUAGCUAACAAGACACCAGACUGGCUCAGCUACAUACGCUUCUUGGUCAUCCCAAUUGGUUCUCAUCCUCUGGCCAAGUAUGUGGCCUCAUUUGACAGCAGAUUCAACAGCAUCUUUAUGGACACUGCAUGGAGGGAGCUGUUCUGCAGGACAGAACGGCCCACUUCAGAUAACAUCGACGUAGCAGGACGAGUUGUUCAAUAUCUGGCUGGUGCUAGUGUUUCUCACCAGUUCCCCAUCUCAGAGGCCAUGCUCACCUACAAACAGAAGAGGAAGAGAAGUUUGUAUUUUGAUUUUUACAUCAGCCCUGAUGAGGACUCGUGUCAGAAAUUUGUGCCAUUUGUUGGGGUUGUCAAGGUUGGGAUUGUGGAGCAGAGUUUGUCAACCUCAGUGGAUUCAGAUGAUGCGAUGGUGGGAAAUACAAGCAUCCUGGCCUCCCCAACGCCCCCAUCGGCUGGUUCGUAUGGGAAGGAGAUUGGCGGAACACCUCCACAGUCUCCCUCCGUCUCCACCACCCUUUCCGGAGCUGGUUCUCCGUGUUCAGGCAGUGAAGUGAUGGGACUGCAGGUGGAUUACUGGACAUGGCAAGGCCCAGAGAAGAAGAAAGAGGGAGAGAAAAGAGACGUGGGACUGAAGAACACCUUAAAAAGUAAUUUCCGUUCACUCCAGGUCAGCCGCCUGCCCUGCGGUGGGGAACUCACUGUUCCCCCCAGUAUGGCAAUGACUGUAGUCACCAAGGAGAAAAACAAGAAAGUAAUUUUUCUGAGCAAGAAGCCCAAGGAGAAAGAGCUGGACUCUAAGAGCCAAGUGAUCGAUGGCAUCAGCAGGUUGAUCUGCACAGCCAAGCAUCAGCACACCAUGCUGAGAGUCACCAUUGAUGGCGUGGAGUGGAACGAUGUCAAGUUUUUCCAACUCGCUGCCCAGUGGCCAACACAUGUCAAGCACUUCCCAGUGGGAAUCUUUGGUUACACAAAGCCAGUGUGACCCCAGCCAAAAUCCACGGAACACCACCUGAGCCUCGGCUGCAUUUGUCUCACCCAGUGGCUCCUGAGAAGUAGAAGAAAAGCCAACUCCCCCCAGCAGUAAUAGUUUUCCUGUGGAAAUCUUUACAGACUCACAACCACACGUUCAACACACAAAUUUCAUGUUGUCAAUUUGAUGUUGUUGGGUGUUUUUUUUUGUUUGUUUGUUUUGGGGUUUUUUUACACACUACAAAAAAGAACAAAUGCUCUUUUCUAAGAUUUGUGCUACCAACUGAGAUAUUUUGAGGUUUUUUGACAAUUUGCCACAUUUCAAUAUUGGCAGCUGUGUUUGCACUUUGUUUUUGUUAACAUUUUAUUAUUUCUGUGAAAUCCUACAUUUAUUGUUACUCUGUAGACUAUGGAGGAGUGUGAUGGUGAUGUGCAGUGGUGUGUGUGAGAUAGUUUGAGACUGUUGUUAAAAGUUGGACUAUUGCUGUGAAUCUAGAUGGAAUCCUUUCUCACUGCUAAGUUUUCUUACUCGUCCCUUUACUUUCUGAAAAGGUCAAUUUUUAUAGUAAAGAACAUAAGGUUCUGUUUGCCUUGAUGUGUUUAAGCACACUGUGUAUCUGAAGCAAAUCGGAAAACAACUCUAAGUAUUUUUGAAGGUAGCUAUUUUGAAUGUAGCUAUGAUGUAUUUGUAACACGUAAGUAGUUCAGCAAAUUGACCCUUUUUUCAGUACGUUUUUGUAUUGACGGUGCAAAUACGGGCUGUUGGCCUGUUCAGAAACAACCACUUAAAAGCAGUGUAAUGUGACAUAAAACAAUUCAACACCCAAUGGCUGAAUACCAUAUUUAAUUGUGACUUCAAACUUAAUGUUUUAAACUCCUGAUUUUUCUCACGACUCCUUGGCUGUACUUUGCACCUGUGUUGUACUUAGGUCUUCGAAGAUGAAUUUCAAGUUUUAACACCAUUUAUUAGUUAAAAGUGGGCCACCUUACUGACUCACCUACUUGAAGUAAGUUGGUGAAUAUCAUGUCACUGAAUAUGUGCCAAAGUCAUGUUCUGUUUUGGAUUAGCCAAUCGUCAGAUUUUACUAAACUAAGAACUAAACUCCUUUGUAACGUGGUCCUUGUGGAAUCAGAGUGUCUAUACACACCGAUGCUUCCCAUUUGUACAUUCACCAGGGGUGUUCACACAUCCUAAUCAACAACAGCGUCCUUUAAUACAGCUUCGCUGUGGCUGGACAUGCAAAAAGUACCCAACCUAAUACAUUCUGAUAGGUUGGUCACACAGUAUUGUAUGGGCCUGUUUUAGGAAACUUAUAUGAAUGACUUGAAACAUGCUUUGACAGUAAUGUUGAGCGCAAUGCGACUAUUGAGUAGUUUCUGAAAUGAAAAAUGUAUGGAGUCUUUCCAGCUCACUGCCUGUGUGUCUGUGUAGGUGUGCUAAAUGUUUGAUGGUACGCCCUGAUUUGUGUUAUGUGAAACUUUUGCAAUAGGAAACCUUUGGACAAAGGGCCAUCUGUAUGAAUUUGUUUUUUAUAUAUAUAUAUAUAUGUAUAAAAAACUUACAAGCUUUGAUAGGCUGGCUUUUUUUAGUAUUAUAUACAAGUAUAUAUGAGAUGUACUGUUGUUGAUCGCAAGUUCCCCUUCUGCUAAAUCGAAAGCACAAACUGCUUACGUUUAUUUCUUGACGUAAAUGCCAAAUGUAUUCCAGAACUCAUGUAUGAAGUUGACUUGUACAGUCCAGACAUUAUUUGGUAUGUAAUUCCACAUACAUUUCCUACGUUACAAUGCACUUUCAUGUGAUUUAUACACGUUUUAGCUCAAAUUGCUUUAUUGAGGUGUUGAAAAUGUAAACCACUACCUAUAAAAGCAGUACCCUUUUCAUAUGGAUUUGUUUAUGUGAAUGGGUUGGGGAAAAAAAACCCUUUGAGGUCUACAAAAAAAAAAACAUGACUGUCUGUUACUUGUUUCGUCCAUUGAUGUUAAAAAUCCUCUUCUGCAGCUACCAGCAUAUGUACAUCUUCCUGUGACUGCUGAGUCAGCUUUUCUUGUCUUUAGGUCUUUGAAGGGUUUACCAUCUUAGCUGAAAGACCAGCUGGCCUUCAUUUAUUUGGAUCCAACAAAGAGCCCUAGGAGUUUAACUCAGUUCUGUCCUGCAUUUCUGCCACUUCUGAAGAGUAUACCAAUAACGAAAUGUAGUGUACCCUAGUGCUAUAACAAGCUGAAUGCUGUGCUGUCUGUUUCUUGACGGGGUUGGGGGCCCAGAAACCUAAUUUGGCUCCAAAUUCCUCCAGUCAAAAUCUUCUUGAAGUUUCUGCAGGGGGUCUGAGUUGUUACUUUGAUCAGAUGUUAGAGGGCCUUUUUCUUAUGUUAGCCAACACUGAACAGACAAGUAUAAUUCAAAGUAUUUGACCUCAAUUCCCCCCCCCCCCACCAAGAAUUUAGAGAUAGUGAGGGGUGUUUUACAAGACUGGAACAAUGAGCAGGCAUGUUCUCUCACAUUUUAUUCUAAAAUGCAAAACAAAAAUAAAUUUUACAUGUCAUUUCAUUGUUCCUACAACUGUAACCUCCACCCACUCUUUGCACAAAACCUAUUUUAAAUCAUGUCAGUAUUUUUAAAUUUACCAAUAAAAAUAUGGGUUACUCUGCAUGUUUUACUAUAGAUGUACAUAUGUUUUGGAUUUUUAUAUUGUUUCUUUCCAUGCUCUCACAAGCAGUUGUGUUUAAUAAAAUUUUUAACCUUCUGUACAAA